AAAGUAAUUGUGCCUCUAGUUAACUUUACAAAAUAAUAAUGUUUUGAACAAGCUCGAAAAAAUGAUGUCAAGCCAAUUAGGGUCAAGAUAUUUCCUACAUCCAGAAGGUGGCAGUAAUGCAAUGCCAGGUGCGGUAAAUACCCGAAGAAGAAUAACUCUACACUGCGCAUGCUCAGAAGGAUCUGACCGGAGUUCAAAAAAUAUUUUUUGGCGGCAAGCAAGUGGAAAGAGGUGAAUUUUAUCAUCAACCAUACGUGUUUUUUUAGCACGACUUCCCAAAACGUUAUAUAUUGUAGCUGUGGCAUUUCAGAUUGUAGCUGCGACAACCUUCUGCCUCCUUCAUUGAGCUGGCACUGCUGAGCCUUCAUGUGCAUGCGCACCUAAUACCUGUCAUCUUUUCCACUUGGACAAGCUGUAUAGUGAAUACUUUUAACACUGUGACCGAAGCGUUUGGAUGAUGGCUGCCCCAGUCAAACUGCGGAUUAUUCUUGGUGCCAACAAUGUGGAAAAACUGACCAUAGAAUCGGGCAUGCCAGAGUCUGUGGAGGAUCUUUCAAAUGAGAUCAAACGUCAAUUUCUUAUCGAUGGGGACAUUAGACUUCAGUACAUGGACAGUGACUUUGAUAAUAAUUUUGUUAACCUCAACCAAAUUAGCGAUAUUCAAGACAGGGGCACAGUGAAAGUCAUCUGUAUGUCAGAUGCUACAGACCUCAACCAAGGCAACAUUAACCAGAGUGGGGAAGACACUUCUUCGUCAUCUUCAACAAUAAUACUCUCCAGCCCUGAUUCGCAAACUGCUCGAUCACAGUGGCCAACAACAUUCCAAAUCCCAAAGUUUCCAUAUGAUGUGGAGAUUCAACUUGAAGGCGCAAACCAGGCCUUCUUAUCAGAUGGAGUUUUAUUGAACCCGGGUCACAAACUCAAAUCGGACAUCUUAGAAAGUCUUGCUGAGCAAAUCAUUAAGUUCAAAGCAUAUCCUUCAAACUUAGAAAUAGAAGAUGUUGCUGAAGCUUUAAUCAAAGCACAUCCAUGUUUGAGGGAACAAGGAUCAUUUAAUGGUUUUUAUGGAUGGAAAAUAAGCCUUAAGUACAAGAUGGCAAACUAUAGGACAAAGCUUAGAAACUUAGGAUGCCCAGAACUAAGCAUUAAUUCGCUUAAGCACAAACCCACAGAUAGAUGCCAGCCUGCCUAUAAUGUCAAGAAACCCAGAAAGGCAGAGGUCAACUUUUGUCCUUCCUAUCCUACUGGGGAGACCCAGGACAGCCUUGAGGGUGAAAGAUUGGCAUUGUUAUCUGAGGUCAAGAAGAGACAUAACGAAAAAGUAGUCAAAGAGAAGAUGGCCAAGACAUUUGCAUACAGGAGGCAGGAGGUCGUCAGAGACAAGCCAAUGAUGGCAGAGUUCAAGAUCAGAUGGCCAGGACUCUUCACUGUUGCAGAGGUGGAGGCGGAAUUUGUGAGGAUUACUACUGCUCCCCUUGUCUCGAAGUUCCUUGCCCAACUGGACCAACACACUGCUCAGCUCAUAAAAGUGUUUGAGAAGAAAGGAGGCUCUGCUGGGAUGAAAAUCAGAAAAAUGUUGGCUCCAAUCACACAGGAUGAAACUGUUGAAAAGAGGAGGGAGUGUACCCUCAGGGCGCUCUGUGUCUACCUGAACGAAGACCCAAACAUCCUGUUUAAAGAAUACCUGGAUACUGAUGCUGUUGAGAGGGAGCUUCAACACAUUAUUCUCGGCAUCUACAGCAUCAAUGUUGAGGGAGGUGAUGCCACCACUUCUCCAGCCGAUGUUGGAAUAGUGAUCGAGGGUGUUGAAGUUCUGCAUGACCUGAGAGACAUUGCCUCUGCAUCUGCACUUAUGAUGGGAUUUAUAUAUGCACUGAACCUUAGUUAUCCUAAGGAACUGAAAGCCUUCUUUGAAGUGCUUCAGAAGGUCUUCCUUCAACUUGAUGCAUCAAGACUUUCAAGCAAGGUACAGAUGCUCAAGAACAAACUCUAUGAAUAAGCAACCAUUUGUACGAUGCUGAAUGUUCUCCAAAAUGCUAAAAUUAAUGUUUUGUUAGAUGUUAGUAACUAAUGUUAUUACUAUGUUUGUUAGAUGUUCAUACACACAUAAAAAUUGGUUGCUGUUGGACCAUGUUGCAAUGCAGAGUGGUGGUGAUGACAGUGCCUGCCAUCAAACACCAUCUCAGGUGAACCCAUGAGAGAGAAGUGUCUGUGGGGAGUUCAGACGUUUGCAAUAACAGCAGGAAAGGAAAGAGAGGAUUGAACCACAGAACAGUGCUACAGUUCAACUGACAAAGUAACUUUAGAGUUUAAUUUAAUUAAAAAAACUACAGGAAGAUGCUACAUGGUUUAAGAGACUGACUAAAGAAAUGCCUGAUAACAGAUUAUAAUGAUAAGGAGCUAGUGGAGCACAUGGUUAGUGGAGCACAUAUUCCUGCACAUGCAUGAUGUCAUGACUUUAGCUUGCUGUUUGAUGUCGGAGGUAAAUAGUGUUUGGUGGGUUUUUACAGCUUUGAAACAAAUGCUCUGCAGGGAAGCUGGAUACUCAGAGGAUAGUUUUCGCUCUGUUUGUGGCUGUUGGGGAUAUCUUUGACAUAUUAGCCACAUAUAGUCUUUGGAUCCAUUGUUCAUAUAAAACGUGGAUUAUAGCUGCUUUAAAUAUCAAGGUAAUACAUUUCUUGAAGUGAUAAACUGUGAGUCACAAAAAGUCAUUUUCUUCCAUUAUCCCUCUGCAGCACAACACGCUGGGAUUUAAGAAUACAGUAUAAUCCUGUACCACAGCCAAACAUUUUCAGUAUAUGCAUAUUGUAUAUUUGUAGGGCAACAAAAAACUUGUUAUUGUAUAUGUAUCGGUUAACACAGAUAUAUCUGUGAUAGGCCAUUGUCGGCCGAUUGUAUUAUAUAUCAUAGAUAUAUAUAUAUAUAUAUAUAUAUUCUGCAGCAUUAAUUAACAUGUUAUGUUAUUUUCUCCACAAUGCUAAAAUGAAUGUUCAUACAAAUUGUUGUU